CCUUUUGAACCUCGUUCUGGGGUUUUGGUUAAUGAGGCUUUGCAUUGGCUGACUCGUACUACUUCUGAAAAUUCAACUACAAUUGCUGCUUUUGAUUUAAGUGUUGAUAAAUUCUCUGAGGUACCAAGACCUACUGAUCUUCAGAAUCAUUGCUUUCUGUGUAAUCUUGCACCUCUUAAAGGGUGUCUUUGUAUAUCCACCAAUAUAUCCCCAUAUUUGGACACAGAUACAUUUUGAAUGAUGAAGGAGUAUGGGGUUAAGGAAUCUUGGACCAAAUUUAAGAUUACAGUACAUGUUCCUCUAACUACACUUUUGUGUUCCAUUGGGGAUGAUGAUGUUUUAUUGGAUGCUGAUGAAGAAUUGGCUGUCUACAAUAUGAAAGAGAAUCGGCGUAAGGAUCUCUUGAUUGAUGUAAAGCCUUUAUUCUAUGAAGGUCGAACUUUUGUGGAUAGCCUUGUCUCUCCUUACUUUGGCAGCGAAACUGAGAGUUAAUGUUUGUUGUGUACAGACGUCGAGCAAAAACAGAGAGAAAAUACCCUAGUAAAAGAUAGGCAAGGAGUGUCUCCUCCAAAAUCCAAAUCCAAGUAUGGCAAUGAGCAAAACUGAAUUCCUACCCGAAGAACUCAUAGUUGACAUACUCUACCGCCUCCCUGUAAAGUCCAUUGGGCGUUGUAGAUGCGUAUCAAAGCACUGGCGCAAUUUUCUCUCACACCCACAAUUCAUCAAACUUCACUUCAACCUCCACGUCCAUACACAAGAAGAGAAAUUUAUUAUCAUCACUAGGCAGCACGAACUUCACACUAUCACGUUUAACCACCACAUCCCCCAAAAUGGAGAAAUCGGUGGCAUUUCAAGAAAGGUAAAUUUUCAGCAGCUCUCACAUAACUGGAUUUCUGUAGCUGGCUCAUGUAAUGGAUUGGUCUUGGUGGUUGAUAGAGAAAAUUUGAAAUUCUUGAUCAACCCCACUACCUUAAAACACCAUCAAAUUCCAAGUUUUGAUUUGGUUCUUCCUCUGCAAGGUAGCUGUUACAUGUAUGGUUUAGGGUAUAAUGUUGUUAGUGAUGACUAUAAGGUGGUUGCUCUUUCGUAUUGUUGUUAUAAUCAAUUUAGGAUUGCCACUUGUGUGGAUAUCUACUAUGUGAGAAAGGGCCUUUGGGAGAAACUUGAGAAUUCUCCUUAUGAUCAUUCACAUACUGACAGUGUUUCUGGGGUUUUGGUUAAUGGGGCUUUGCAUUGGUUGACUCAUAGAAUUCCUGAAUAUUCAUCUGCAAUUGUUGCUUUCGAUUUAAGUGUCGAUAAAUUCUCGGAGGUACCAGGUCCUACUGAUCUUCAGGAUUAUUGCUUUAUGUGUAAACUUGCAGCUCUUAAAGGGUAUCUUUGUAUAUCCACCAAUUUAUCCCCAUCAAUGGACAAAAUUAUAUUUUGGAUCAUGAAAGAGUAUGGGGUUAAGGAAUCUUGGACAAAAUUUGAGAUUAAAGAUCCGAAUUUGAAUGUUUGUCUUGGUAAACUAUUGUGUUCCAUCGGUGAUGAUGAUGAUGUUUUAUUGGAUGUUAAUGAAGAAUUGGUUGUCUACAAUAUGACAGAGAAUUGGUGUAAGGAUCUGUUGCUUGAUGUAAAUCAUAUUAGCUAUGAAGGUCGAACUUUUGUUGAUAGCCUAGUCUCACCUUACUUUGGCAGAGAAACUGAGGGUUAAUGUAUUGUGUGAUGAACAAGAUGAUGUUGUAUACAGGUAUUAUGAGAACAUGUUUCUCUGUAUUA